CUGGUUGUCUCCGUCUCUCACCCUCUCGCCACAGCUGUGUUCACUUCUUUGUGGCUCUCAGUUGUCCUGCGCUGUUCUUUCCGGUACACGGAUACAAAGAGAGCGACGGGACGGACAGCAUGAAGUAACGAAGAGCGGCACAAUGAGAGCGCGGCGGCGGGGACAACACGGGCAGCCUCUAUGAACCGGGACACGGUUUAGUCCCGACACGGAUCAUAUCAGACUGGGUUUUUUUAUACACACCGGACACGGAGUUCGCCGAUGUGCGCACUCCAUUUUACCAACCGCAGAGAGUCGAGACCAGGAGGAGACGGGCGGAGUUUAUCGCGCAGAACCGCCGGGGUUUAGCGAGGGAUCAUGGAUAAAACUUUGCAAAUUCUUCAGAAAGCCGCGGACGGCGUACCAGACGGGAUCUCUCUGGACAUGAUGGAGGAAGAGGAGGGCUUCACGGAGCAGCCCAUCGUGGGACUCUCGGACAAAAUUCCUCUGGUGAAACCGUACUUCAAAAAGAAGCAAAGAAAAUUAGACGCCAAAUGUCUCCACCGUGCCCUGGAGGAUCCUAUGCUCUCCACUUUACUGAGCACAGACACUCUGGUGUCCGGGGACGGAGUGUUUGUUCUACGGAACCAACCAGGUCGGACUGCGGGGAACCUUUGCACGGCGGCCGUGGUGAAGCAGAACCGCUUGGGCCAAGUGUGUCUUAAAGACUCGGGAGCCGCCGCCGAUUCCGCGGCCGCGGCGGAGGUGCCCGCUCUGAUAGCCCAGGACGGUGACGCGGAAAUAGCCGAUACUACUGCGGAGCUGGAGGAGACGGAGCGGCGAGCGGAGCAGUCCAAGAUCACCAGCUCAACCCCCGACAGCCGCUGCUUUCAGCUGAAACCUGCCCUCAGGGCAAGUGGGAACACAGUGACUAUUCAGCCCUCAGGCAGGGAUAUACCUCCCCUGGUUACACCCCGGGUUCCUCACCAACAGAGGCCAAACAAAAGCAAUGACCUCUCACCCUCUGGGACUAAAGGCCUUCGAGUCAAAGAGUGCACUGGAGUCCAGAAACCCACUCCUCUCCUUUUGCAGCCUGACAAUGGUGUUCUAUUUCAGGACAAAAGUGAGGAGGCCUCCCUGGACCUGGUGUUUGAGCUGCUCACCCAGCUCCAGUAUCACACACACCAGUCAGACCUAGUGGACAUUUGUGUGGAUUUCUUACACGGACAGUGUGUUUUUGGGAAUGACUGCGUCCACCACCACACCGUCCUGCCUUACCACUGGCAGAUCCACAGGACCAGCAGUCAGAGCUGGCAGAGCGUAGCCGACGACUCCCAGGAACAGCUGGAGCGACUGUACUGCAACCCCGACAAUGAGCAAGUCAGGCUGAAGUUCCAGGGAAGAGUGUUUUCUCUGGACUUUGGUGCAAUGCGAGUGUGUGAUUUGGAGUUUGACCGCAUCAGACGAUUGACCACUCCCCCCACUCCCAUGACCACAUCCACCACCAGCCCAAACCCCCCACCCAGCUGUCACACAGUGUGGAAGUACUACUGCAGAGACAACUUUGGCUGGAGGGAGUACUCUGAGCCUGUGGUGAAGCUCAUCGAGGAGGCCAGUUCCCGUGGUCUGAAGGAGGUGCGCUUUAUUACACUCCAGAACCAGUAUAUCCUCAACAUCAAGGAGGGCUUCCAGCAGAACGCCAUCUUUGGAUUCAGACGGCAGAUCCGAAAACGGCCCAUGUUCCUGUCCUCGGUGAUGCUGAUGCCUCAUCUUCAGACACUGGGCGGCCUCUCCUUACCAUCUCUUCCUUGCUCCUCGUCCUCCUCGUCCUCCUUGUCGUUGUCCUCCUCAUCCGUGGACCUGUCCUCGUCACAUCCGCUCUCCCCCACCACCACCAACCCGCCCAGCCUUUUUCCAGAGACCUGGCUGCCUAUGAUGAUGAACCAGGACUUUCUUCAGGUUCCAGUUUCUCGUGAAGACCGCAGCUACCGCACAGUGUACAGCCUUUUCCACAAGACCGUGUUGGAGACCAAGUACAGGAUCAUCAAGAUCCUGCGUGUUCAAAACCCCUUCCUCUGGGAGAAGUACAAGAGAAAAAAGGAGUACAUGUCCCGACGUCUGUCAGAGAUGGACCGGCUGCUCUGUGAGCGCCACCUCUUCCACGGCACCUCGGCGGAUGUGGUGGACGGCAUCUGCAAGCACAACUUUGACCCGCGAGUCUGCGGAAAACACGCCACCAUGUUCGGCCAGGGCUCCUACUUCGCCCGUAAGGCUGUUUACUCCCACAACUUCUCCAAGCGGUCCUCCAAGGGUGUCCACUGCAUGUUCCUGGCCAAAGUCCUCACUGGAAGGUUUACUGUAGGAAAUCCAUCCAUGCGACGACCUCCGCCCCUCAACCCUCGAGACCCCUCCAGUGACCUCUAUGACUCCUGCGUGGACAACUGGAUGGACCCCCAGAUUUACGUCAUCUUCAACGAUGACCAGAGUUACCCCUACUUCAUCAUUCACUACGAGGAGGUUCCCAGCACUGUCACCGUCUGACGCCCUGGAUCCCACCCACCAUCUCUCUGUAUUCCUUGCCAUCGUUUGCUUUUGCCUGGUGCAGUCUUAGGGUGUUGGACUUUGGCACUUCAAAUACAAGGAAUGAUUUAGAUUCUUUGACGAGGCUGAUCCUACAAGCUCUAACCAACUCUGUUUUAAUCAAAUCUUUAGAUGAAUUGUCUUCUAGCUGCAGAUUAAAAAAAA